AUGUUCGCACCACCGACGCUCCUUGCUCUACUUUGGCUGGCCCUUUCGGACGAAGCAUCGGCGCAACUCUUGACCGAAACACUGGAGAAAACACGAACAUUUGCACGACCAUCUUCCACUCGGAGCUUUGGCUUCGGGUUUGGAACGGGAUUUCCCACUUUUGCUGCUAACUUUCAAGCCAAGGCGGCGCAAGCCUACGGAAUCUGGGUCACCGUCUUUCUCAUCGUUGUCAUCGCUCUUGUCAUUCUCCUCGCACUCGUCAUUUGGAUCCUCAUACGCACUCGACGUAUGCGACGAACAAUGCGACAUUCUCUCUCCUAUUACGAAUCUCAACGUCAUCUAUUUGCAAAAGAAACCAAUCUAGAGGGUGGGCCUCAGCGGCCUAGAGAGAGGACGAAAGCGAUCCAAAGGCGUUAUCUCCACCGUUCGCACGGUCAGACAUGGACGAUGCGUAUGCAAGGGUUUCUCUUCCGACGAGCGCAAAAAUCGCAACCUCAAGAAGAGAAAGAAGAGAAAGCCAAGAGGAUUGUGGAAAAGUGGGAUCCACAUGCACGUCGGUCGACCGAGGAGAUUGAAUGCACAAAGAACACGCGUCCAAGCUCUCUCGUUGUGGAUGCUGGUCAAAGGACUGCGAGAAAGAGCGAGAGUGACAGUGGUCGAGAGGGAAGUGCAUAUUCCGGCAUUGUGCGCGAGGUUGUAGAACAAUCGAGGAAUUCUUCGAGGAGAAUCUCACUUCUCACGUCGCGGACGAGCAGCGUUUCGGCGACCAUACCAGCGUUCACGGUCCCCGACGUCCCCGUACCGUCCCAGUCAGAACUCAAACGGCCACCCCCAAUUUACGCUGCUCGCUCGCGACUGCAACACUUGGAACGUGUCGAGAGACUGUCACAAUUAUGGGACCGUGACGUGAACCUCUCCUUUGCAGACACACGUUCCUCGGCAAACGCAGCCGCGCACGCGAAGAUAGGUGUGCCAAUUAUGCAACGCGGGUCAACAGCAAAAAUCCACCAGGUGCUGGGGGUGACCCCAGAGGAGCGGCGAUUACCAUCUUCGAAUGGAUCUCCGCUCGCCCGCGUACGGUCCUUUAGCAGCCUCGCGCCAUACCUGUCGUUACAGUCGCCAGGUGCGGAUACUCAACGAGAUCUCUACCGUGCAAGUGUACGAAUCGUUGACCCAGGGAGCGUGUUGGACGGCAUGAUCGUCCGCUCACCCAGUUCGACCCAACGUGCCCUUCCAUAA